AAUCGCUUGCUAUAUUUUUGUAACGAAAAAGACGAGUCUUUGUCCAGUCAGAGAAUCAUUGAUUUCUUCCCUUUUCUCUUUUGCUUCCAAACGAUUUAACAUUGUCUAAGUUCAUAGGAUUUCUUUUCUUUUAUGGUGAGUUUGAAAGCUUCUUUUUGAUUUUAUUACCUGUUUUCUGGGAUUCGUGUAUUUAAUGUUUUGAAAAGCGUGAAUAUUAUUAUGAAUCGUCUUAUAUUCUGAAGAAGUUCUGGUCUUUACAGCUUCAGUCCUUCAAGAAAAAUGGAGAAGGUGGCAAACAGGAGCCACAUGAGAGGGCUUGCUUUAUGGCUAAUAAUGAUCAUCAAGUUAUUAAUCGUUCUCUCUGCAUGCUCUGCUGAAUUAAUCCCAGCCAGAAAACUCCUAAAGGAAGCGGACAGUAACCCUCCUGAAGUCCAGUUGCUGAUAAGUGAUCACAGAGUGGUUAUUGACAAUGGACUUGUUCAAGUCACUAUCGAGAAUCCAUCUGGUCAUUUGACAGGAAUUAAAUACAAGGGAAUGCAUAAUGUGCUUGAAAGGAGAAACGAAAACGACAAUAAAGGGUACUGGGACGUUGUUUGGAAUGAUAAUGUCUAUGACAAGCUAGCGGCAAAACAUGUCAAGGUUAUCACACAAACUGAUGACUUAGUAGAGGUUUCCUUUACCAAAAAAUGGAAAUUUGCAACAGACCAUCGCUAUUCAGUUCCCUUAAACGUAGACAAAAGGUUCAUUGUCCGACGAGGCGUGCCAGGGCUUUACAUGUAUAGCAUUCUCGAGCGCCAGGAGGAUUUUCCGGAGGCUUAUAUGUUCCAAAUAAGGAUUGCUUUCAAGCUCAAGGAAGACAAGUUUCGUUUCAUGGCGACAUCGGACACCAUACAAAGGAUCAUGCCUACUGCGGAAGAUCGAGAUGAUAGUCGGUCUCAGGUUCUUGCCUACAAAGAAGCUGUUCUAUUGACCAAUCCAACCAAUCCAGAACUUAGAGGACAGGUUGACGAUAAGUACCAAUAUUCAUGUGAGAACAAAGAUAACAAGCUUCAUGGGUGGAUAUCCGAUGAUGAUGCCGUGGGUUUCUGGAUAAUCACCCCCAGCGAUGAGUUCCGAACUGGUGGCCCACACAAGCAGGACCUCACUUCUCACGUUGGCCCCACUGCUCUCUCCAUGUUUGUUAGUACUCAUUAUACCGGGACCGAGAUAGAUGUAUUCUACAAGGAAGGAGAGGCUUGGAAAAAAGUUUUUGGUCCUGUUUUUAUCUAUCUUAAUUCUGCUUCUCCCGACGAUGAUUACCGCAAGACACUCUGGGAUGACGCUAAAAGACAGUUGAAUGAAGAAAUUGAAAACUGGCCGUACAAUUUCACUCAAUCGGAUGAUUUUCCUCAUGCUGAAGAACGAGGAGUAGUGGAGGGUCAAUUACUAGUGCGAGACCGAUAUAUGGAUAAAGAAUUAAUGCAGGCGCAAUCUGCCUUUGUGGGGUUGGCGGCGCCUGGAUAUGCAGGAUCAUGGCAAACCGAAGGAAAGGGCUAUCAGUUCUGGACUCAAACAGACAAGGCUGGCCGUUUCAGUAUAAAAAAGGUCCGACCAGGGGAAUAUAAUUUGUAUGCAUGGGUCCAUGGUUUCAUUGGAACCUAUAAGUUAGAUCUCAACAUCACUAUCGAACCAGGAAACAAGAUCAACUUGGGUACCCUUAUAUAUGAUCCUCCAAGAAAUGGCCCUACAUUGUGGGCAAUCGGGAUUCCUGACAGGACUGCAGCCGAGUUCUUCGUACCGGAACCAGACCCAACAUUUGUUAACCCAAUCCUCAACGAUGACGAGGACGCAUUCAAACAAUACGGAUUGUGGGACCGCUACUCAGAUAUUUAUCGUCACAGUGAUCUUGUCUACACUGUGGGCGUUACCAAUUAUUCUCGGGAUUGGUUCUUUGCUCAUGUUCCCAGGAAUAUAGGGAACGCUUCGAACUGGGGAACCACAUGGCAGAUUAAAUACAAUCUCCAAGAUGUGAACGAGACAGGAAGGUACACUCUCCAGUUGGCCUUGGCAGCAGCUUCUUAUGCUGAAGUACAGGUUCGAUUCAACAAUCCAGAUGUCAUUCAACCUCAUUUUACAACGACGAGAAUAGGUUACGAUAAUGUUGUAGCAAGGCAUGGAAUCCACGGAUUGUACAGAUUGUAUAGUAUAAAAGUACCUGGUAAUAGAUUUCAGAAAGGGGACAACACAAUCUUUCUAACUCAGCCAAGAAGCCAAGGCUCAUUCAACGCGGUUCUGUAUGACUACAUUCGAUUAGAAGGACCAGCAGUAUAAUCAAUUAUCUAGUAAUGUGCGAAUAGGAAGUUCGUUUAUAUUCUUUCAGGUUGUAAUGAUCAUAGGCGUUGCUAGUGAAUUUUGAUUCAUGCCUAAUUUGGGCCAAAAUGCAUAGUAAGAAGGUAAAAUGAGAGAAAAUUAUUGUUUCAUUUACUUGAUAUUGCUCAUUGGCUAGCUUGCUUUGAAUUCUUUGAUUUUGGCAACUAUCCAUUGUCCCAAUUACAAGAUCCCACCCAGGAGGGAGCAGUCCAAGCCAUAGUCGAUUAGAAAGAAAAUUACCUUAAAACACGCCAAACAAACCGGAUAAAAAAAUCAUAGCACAAAACCAACUUUAACAAAAGCUGUUAGUUCACAAUUCAGUGUUGAGAGAGCCUUUGAUUUUGAACCUAGGACCUUAAUUAAUUCUGCCUUCUUACUGCCUGACUGUGCUCGAGAAGCUUUUUCGAUAAAUUAGCA